CGCGGCACCGCUAGCAGGACACAGGUCACGGGAAGAAGCUGAGCAGUUGGUGAUAUGACGCCAACGUUUCAAUGGGUACGAGCCGGACUUCCACAGUGAUGGGGAGAGAUGGAGCGUCUCCUGUCCCGUAAGAAACAACAAUGCUCAUUUUUUUUACUGAGAUGAAUGGCGUAGCUUCUGCCUGGAGAUACCGCAUUGUCAAUGUUACGUUGUUCUUCGAGAACAUCUGAAGAUCCAAUACUGGUCCCUCAUGCAAUCUCCUCAUUCUAACGACCUGCCUCUGAGUUCUGCAAUCCUAGCUGCACUGAUGGGCAGGUGAAAUCUAAGAGGCCAAGAGUUGGCCUUCCUUAAAUAACAAAACAAAACAAUGUUUUCCCAAUGAAGGGAAAUGACCCCAUGAUCUUCACUAGUUUAAUCCCAAUCAACGAUGCCUUUAAACAUCCGAGCUAAGCCCGCCCAGAGCAAGUUAUCUGCCGCAUCAAAGACCGGGGGUCACAGCGAUGGAAGUCCUGCCUCACGCUUCGCUAGGUCUUCAAAGCAGACCAAGUCUAAGGAGGGGACCAUCUCUACCCCAGGAUGCCGCUCAGGGCUGGAGCCGGGCUCGGUGUCUGGUGGGGGGCCUUCUCCGGCUGCUAAACCAGGUGCUAGGCCAGGGCCCUCGGCGAGGACAGGGUCAAAACCCAAACCCAGAGGGGCAGCAGCAUCAGACGCAAGGAGAGCCUCCAAUUCGGCCACAGCCCCGGGCGGUAAAACCUUUUCCAUGGAGAACAUCCAGUCGGUCAGCGCUGCCUACGCGACAUCGGGCACCAUGUACCCCAGCGAUCAUGAUGCCCUGGACCCCUCAGGGAGUUACCCCAAAGGCACCCCAUACCCCAGUGACCAUGACGCGCUGGAGCCCUCAGGGGGUUUCCCAAAAGGCACCAUGACUUUGGGCAGGAACACCGGUCGGGCCUCGUACUCCGGGCGCUCUACUGCGACAGGCAGCAGCCCCAACAUCACCUUCUCCGGGAUCCCUCCACCAUCAGACCCCUAUGGAAACCAGAACCAUCACCCGCAUCCAGGGCGCCCUAGUAGCCUGAGGGGCCCGCCGAGUAGACAUCAGCCAGCACAGGACUGUUUGGGGGACGGAGAAGGGUCCACCCUGGAUCUGCAGUCCCAGCUCCGAGAACUUCAAAAGGAGAACGAGCAGCUUAGGAGAGAGAUGGACGUUGGUAGAGAUGGGAGGAGGAAAUCCGGCACAGUGAACAGUGUCAACUUUUGGGGCCCUGAGAUGAAGAGAGACAGGGGGGUUAGGCGGGAGGAAGGUGUGAGGAACUUGAUGCCCAAGGACCAGUACCGAGAUAACCAAGAGGACUGGCAGCCUGGGGAACCCAGAAGAAGCAAGCAGCUACCGUUAACAGUGCAGGAGCUGCAGGAGGAGCUGCGUGCUCACAGGGAGAUGAACAGCCGAUUGCAACAACAACAACAACAACAACAACAACAACAACAACAACAACAACAACAGCACCAUCAACAGCAGCCACAACAACAACAGCAACAGCAUCCACAGAGCAACUGCUACAGAGACUUCCAGGCGGAACAGGAACCCAGAGGAGCCUCCAGCCCAGGCCACAGCCCCAGACAGAGUUCCGGCCUGGGCUCCAUCUCUCUCCUCAGCCCCCUCCCUGGACACAGCCCCCGAGCCCACAGCCCCCGGUCCAACAGCCCCCGGGCCCACAGUCCGUCCAACACCUACAACCCCAGAACCCAGCAGCAGAAGCAGCAAGCAGACAUCAUCAUCCACAGCCCCGGGUCCUGCCUUCCCGAUCCGGAGGGACCCAUGCAGGGCACCCAGAACCACAGCCUACGUCGCGGGCAGAGCAGCGGCCACGGCCAGCACACACACUACGACGGGGGCGGCUGUCCGGCCCCGGGACGGCGCCCCAGCAGCGGCGGUGGCGGUGGCACCCCGCAGAGGCCGCUGCCCCCCCGCAGCCCCUGCGUGGUGCCGGGCUGCGACGGCUUCGGCUCGCCGCCCCCGCUGGAUCCCGCCACGGCCGCGGCCGAGGAGGGCUUCCAGCGGCUGCAGACGGAGCACGAGCGCAAGGCCAAGGAGCUGUCGCUGCUGAGGAGGACCAUGGAGGAGAUGGAGGUGCGGAUCGAGGUGCAGAAGAACACGCUGGGCGCGCGGGACGAGAGCAUCCAGAGGCUGCUGGAGAUGCUGCAGGGCCAAGGGGGCCAAGGGGGCCAAGGGGGCCGGGCACCCCAGCCUGGGAUCAUCACCAUGGCAACGCAAGAAGCCCAGUCCCAUAUCGAGAACCUGCACGUCAGAGAGACCAACCAAUCCCCUUUCUGUUUUGAUCCUGAUGUUAUCUGGCAGGGCACCAAGAUCUCGUCACUGGAGAGGAACAUCCGUGACCUGGAGGAUGAAGUGCAGAUGCUGAAGACGGGCGGCACGAUGCACCCCGACGAAAGGCAUGACGACCUCAAGCAGGUGGAGGUCUACAAGAGUCACUCCAAAUUCAUGAAGAGCAAGAUUGACCAGCUGAAGCAGGAGUUAAACAAGAAGGAGUCUGAGAUGCAGGCGGUGCAGACCAAGUUGGAGACGCUGACCAAUCAGAACUCAGACUCCAAGCAGCACAUCGACGUGCUCAAGGAGUCGCUGAACGCCAAGGAGCAGCGAUCCAACACACUGCAGACCGAGGUGGAUGCCCUGCGGGUGCGUCUGGAGGAGAAGGAGCAAGUGCUGACCAAGAAGAGCAAGCAGCAUCAGGACCUGUCGGACGAGAAGAGCACUCUGGCCGGGGAGAUCCGGGACAUGAAGGACAUGCUGGAGGUCAAGGAGAGGAAGGUGUCCGUGCUGCAGAAGAAGAUUGAGAACCUGCUGGAGCAGUUGAAGGAUAAGGACAAGCAGCUGGCGGGGCUGCGGGAGCGGGUCAAGGGACUGCAGACGGACUCCAGCAACACGGACACGGCCUUGGCCACGCUGGAGGAGGCCCUGUCUGAAAAGGAGCGUGUGAUCCAGGCCCUUCGGGAGCAGCGGGACCGGGAGGAGCGUGCUCGGCUGGAGGACGUGGAGCUCUUGAGGAGGGAGAACCGGGAGCUGAAGGAGCGGGUGUUCGCCAUGCAGCCCCAGAACCUGACCCAGGGCCCGGCCGCCGCCCCAAGCCAGACCCCUGUUCAGAGGCCCGAAGCGGAGUUGGCCAACCUUCCUAACUCCUUCCCCUCCCCCUUCCCCCAACAGAUUGCAGAUGACCCAAACAGGACGUGCCCAGACAUCGGGGACCGCCUGCGUCUCCUGGAGCAGGAGGUGGCCCGCUACCGAGAGGCGUCGGGCCAGUCCAAGGCCGAAGUGGAGAGGCUCAUGGGAGCUCUGCAGGACGCCGAGGGGGACAGAUCCAACAGGGACAGGAAGAUCUCCGAACUGGAGAGACCUGGUCAAAUCAAUUCACCAAACGUCCAAAAGCAGAUGAUGACGAGUGAGAUGAAGACAGAUGGACUGACAGACGGUCAUCCACACUCGCUAUCCCAGGUCAGUAUCUCCCCCCCCUCGGUUUCCCAGAAUGCCAUGCGGGAGACGGCGGAGCGGAUCAGGGAACUAGAGCUUGAGCUGAGGGAGAGCAUGAACACCUCCGCCCACAAGGAGGCGCUGUGGGCACAGGAGGAGGAAGCCCGUGCCCAGGCCCAGAUGGAGUUGGAGGAGCUGAUGGCGCUGGAGAAGACGAGGCGGGACCUGGACGCCACCAAGGUGCGCCUGUCGUCCACGCAGCAGACCCUGCACGAGAGGGACGACCACCUGCACGUCAUGCGGCAGGAGCGACGCAAGCAGCUGGAGGAGAUCCUGGAGAUGAAGCAGCAGGCGUUGGUGGCGGCCAUCAGCGAGAAGGACGCUAACAUCGCGCUGCUGGAGCUGUCGUCCAACAAGAGGAAGAAGGCCCAGGAGGAGGUGAUGGCGCUCAAGAGGGAGAAGGACAGGCUCAUGCACCAGCUCAAACAGCAGACUCAGAGUCGGAUGAAGCUGAUUUCGGAAAACUACGAGGAAGACCACCACCAUCCCCAUCCUCAUCCUCAGCCUCACCAUCCUCACCAUCAACACCCUCAACACCCCCAACACCCCCAACACCCGCUACACCCCCAACACCCCCAACACCCGCAACACCCCCAACACCACCCUCACCAGCACCAUCAACAUCACCCCCACCAGGUGCAUCAGCACCACCGGAGUCUCCCCAGGGGCCCGCCCCAUGCCAACCACCGGCCCCCCGUGGACCAGGACGACGAGGAAGGAAUCUGGGCAUGAUAGACAUCUCCCCGUAAGGAGGCGCUGGCUCCAUUUCCACUGAUCCCUUGCCGAGCCAUGCCAAGAGCCUCAAGACAUCACUCACCACCCCUACACCCCCCCCCCCCCCCUCACUAGCAUACACACUAAACAAUACCUAGACACACACAAAUACAAACGCACACACACAAUCACUUCCCCACGGCAUUGGGGAGGAAAAUUAUAGAAUUCAGUUGACCAUCGCUCAACAGGUCACAGAGAAGCAUCACGGUUGGAGAACUACAACCCUUCUGCAUUUAGAACAUCUCCGGUUUACCUCCUUGCUCCUUUCACUCAAACGAUCCUGGGAAUGACCCGCCAUCUUGGAACUACAGUGUACUGGUGUUGCCUUUAUUCCCCCCACACAGGACACACAGGAACCUUCACGGUGCAACGUGCCAAAGGAACCACCUCUGGGUCUAGCACAAAUAAGGGAACACAUUAAGACUUAAGAUGUGACUUUCGUUUUCAUUGACUUGUCCGGUUGACUGUCUCCAGCCCGACAAAAAUGAAAUAUGAUAACCAGGGGGUCUGUGUUGAGAUGAAUGAUGCCCUGUCGGGUCAUCUGACACCUGCCCUCGACUCAUAACCUGAAACAUAACCUUGGAGAUGGGACAACACUACUUUAAUUUAUGGUUCCCUCUGUUUUUCUCUUAAUUUUUUGUUGAAUCAACCAUUAUAUUGUUCUGUUCCGUUUCUGUUUUCUAUAUCCAACAGAGUUUGGGUGCCAGACUUUUAGUGUGUGUGUGUGUGUGUGUGUGUGUGCUGUGUGUGUGUGUGUGUGUGUGUGUGUGUGUGUGUGUGUGUGUGUGUGUGUGUGGUGUGUGUGUGUGUGUGUGUGUGUGUUUGUGUGUCAAAUGUUGAUAUUUUAUCUUUUAUUUAUUGGUUUAGCGACCAAUUGGCUAUCCUUUAAAUUAAGUGACUUUCAUUUAAAGGCACUGUACUGCCUAUUUUUUGUAUUGUACUGAUGAUGUCAUGAUGAUGUCAUGAUGAUAUACUGUACAAUAGUUCUGUGUUAUAAUUUAACUAUAUCCAAUUCCCCUUAACUGUACACUUUCUGUAAAUAAGUGUGAGUAGGUGUUUGUGUGUGUGUGUGUGUGUGUGGUGUGUGUGUGUGUGUGUGUGUGUGUGUGUGUGUGUGUGUGUGUGUGUGUGUGUGUGUGUGUGUGUGUGUGUGUGUGUGUGACAAGGGGUGGGAUCACAAUACUAAUGUGAUUGUUCUAGUGUUUUUGACGUGGUCAGCUGUACGUGUUGUUUUAAAUAAAGAAGACAUUUUCUCAAGGA